GCCGGGCCGUACGCACGUCGCUACCCAAACUCAUCUUACCGAUGUUCUAAAUUCAAGAAAAAAAAACGCGCGUACCUUCAACCGAACGGGUUCCUUUUACAAAUAUUUUACGUGUGCCGAGUGAAAGUGCUUGCGCGUAUAAUGUGGUACAUUUCAGAUGUUGGGUAGCAGAAAUGUCAUCGCUCCGAUGAUAAAAUGAUUGAAGAUAUUAGGAUUUGAACGUGUUACUGCCAGGAGGGCGAGCGACUGAGAAUAUGAACGCGACACAUCUGCCCGGGUUCAACGACACCAGCCAAGACCAACCAUACCCAACAUCCUCGGAAUGGUUCGACGGCAGCAACUGUUCGUGGGUGGACGCGGUGUCGUGGGGCUGCAACGUGACCCUCAACGGCACCAGCAACAACGCCACCAGCACUGACGUCACGUCGUUCGUCCUCAUGGCUGUGACCUCCGUGGUGCUAGCUCUUAUCAUUCUUGCUACUAUUGUAGGUAAUGUGUUCGUGAUAGCAGCUAUAAUAAUUGAGCGGAAUCUGCAGAACGUCGCCAACUAUCUGGUGGCUUCGUUGGCGGUCGCUGAUCUCAUGGUCGCCUGCCUUGUUAUGCCGCUCGGAGCCGUUUAUGAGGUCAGUCAAGGCUGGAUCCUGGGCCCCGAGCUGUGCGACAUGUGGACGUCUAGCGACGUGCUCUGCAGUUCUGCGUCAAUCCUUCAUCUUGUUGCUAUCGCUACUGACAGAUACUGGGCUGUGACAGACGUAGACUACAUACACAUACGCAACGAGAAGCGUAUCUUCACGAUGAUCGUGCUGGUGUGGGGGGCGGCGCUGGUCGUCUCCCUGGCGCCGCAGCUCGGCUGGAAGGACCCCGACUACCUCGCCCGCAUCACGCAGCAGCAAAAGUGCCUCGUUAGCCAAGACCUCGCCUACCAAAUCUUCGCGACCAUGUCCACCUUCUACGUACCCCUCGCAGUCAUCCUCAUCUUAUACUGGAAGAUCUUCCAAACGGCAAGGAGACGUAUUAGGAGAAGGCGAGACCCACCUCCGCCUCGGCCCACGUCGGCUGACGGCGCCACCCCGUCAGGCCGGCCGGUCCAAUCCGCGAGAGACCGACGGUUCGUCAAGAAACGGUUCCUGAACCUUAAGAAGUGCAACCAGCGGACUCGCGCCGAGACGCUGGCCGCAGCGUUGUUGUUGACUGAAGGACAGAGCACCUCCACUGUUGAUACGUUGGACGAGGAGCCGAGGACCACAGCGUUCACGAUCAACGAGAAGGUGGCGCCUUCAGUAUCCCCAGAAAAGUCUUCCUCGACAGUUACUAACGGCUCGAAGCCCGAGCGAGCCAUCGUCCCCGCUCCCACACACAGAGAGAAAAAAGAGUCACUCGAGGCAAAGAGAGAGAGAAAAGCGGCGAAGACGCUCGCGAUCAUCACAGGAGCAUUCGUGUUCUGCUGGCUUCCAUUCUUCAUAAUGGCGUUGGUGAUGCCUAUCUGCCAAACGUGUGUUAUCAGUGAUUACUUAGCGAGUUUUUUCUUGUGGCUAGGAUACUUCAACUCGACCCUGAACCCUGUAAUAUACACCAUCUUCAGCCCCGACUUCCGUCAGGCGUUCGCUCGCAUCCUCUUCGGCACGCACCGGCGAGGCCGGAAUAAAAAGUUCUAACGAAAAUGUCACUACUAUGUAUAUAAUUGAGGCCUCGAAGGCCAAGGACUAUAUUACUCAACCUAUAUGUAUGAUAUUUCGCUUUCUGUAUGUUAUACAUACUAAGUAGAUAGUGUAAAUACGUUUAUUCGGUGAUAUAUUGUAAAUAAUAUAAAGAUAUAUGAUAGAUGAUGUUGACAAUUGUUUUUUUUACGCGUUAUAGUGUAUUGCAGCCGCGACGGGGUCGCUCGCGAGUCCUGGGCGGCCCCCCCGCCCGCUCUUAUGUUGUUUCAAGUGAC